GGUGUACCGCGAUCUUAUAAUGAUUUUUUUCGUUCAUCUGAAUUUUCAUAACACGUACAGUUUUCAAGGUUGUACUUGAAUAAGCAAUGGCAUUGGCAGAAACGGUACUUAGAAAGGUCCAUAAGUUGGGGCUUAUACCGAAAAUUAUAAGGUUGUUACCGGUGAUUUCAUUAGUAUUGGCAAUCUCAAGUGUAUCAUGGUUAGCCAGCUUACCACUUCAAGGUAAUUAUCGAAAUGUAUAUAUAUCAGAAAAUGCAUUAAUGCCAUCACAAGUUACAUCAUAUUUUAGAGAAAGUGAAUGGAAUAUAGUUAGGGGUUAUAGAACCGAGAUCAGGAAGUUCGAUUUUGACAGAAUUGAAGAAAAUAAUGUAAUAUUGGGUAACUGGUUAACAGAUAUUGGAUUAGAACCAAUGUACCAUAAGAAUAAAUUUGGAGAGGAUACUUUGUAUACUAUAUUGCAUGCACCAAGAGGGGAUGACACUGAGUCAAUGGUGUUAACAGUUCCGUGGUUUACAUCUAAACAUGAAGCUAAUAUUGGAGGAAUCUCAUUAGGGAUAUCAUUGGCUAGAUAUUUCAAUAGAAUGUCAAUUUGGUCAAAGAAUAUAAUAUUUGUAUUCCCGCAGGAUGGACAUGCGUCAUUGAGGUCAUGGGUUGAAGCAUAUCAUACAACGUUAGAUGAGACUGCAGGGUCUAUUGAAGCGGCCCUUGUAAUGGAAUACGCUAGUGAAUCGGAUCAUUUUAAACAUUACUCUAUUAGUUAUGAAGGAUUAAAUGGACAGUUACCUAACUUGGAUUUGAUAAAUACAGUGAAUGAUAUAGGAUAUCAUGAAAAUUUACAUUGUUCUAUUCAAAAAUCGGUCCAUCAAAAUGAUUAUUCAUCAAGAUUGAAAACUUUGGUUAAAGGUAUUAUUCAAUUAACGUUGGCCGGGUUAUCUAAGAGAAAUACUGCUGGAUGUGAAGCUUUUAGUGGAUGGCAAAUACAAGCAAUUACUAUAACCGCCCAUGGGGAUGAAGGAAAUGCCGAUAUAACGCAAUUUGGUAGAAUAGUUGAUUCAACUUUAAGAUCAGUUAAUAAUUUAUUAGAAAAAUUCCAUCAAUCAUUUUUCUUUUAUUUAUUACUUUCAUCCAAGCAUUUUGUAUCAAUUGGAACUUAUUUACCAUCGGCAAUAAUGAUGGCAGUUGCAUUUGCCAUUAGUUCUUUGGGAUGUUUUUUGAAUGGAGCAAGAGAAAUGAACGAAUAUAUAAGUAAAAUUACUAAGAUUCUUUUGAUUUUCACCAUUAUUGAAGUUGGAUGUUUAAUUACAUCAAUCAUAUUACCAAUGGUUGUUAAAUAUACUGAAUCAUCAAUUCAAAUGAUAUUAGGAUUAUCAACAAUCAUAGCAUUAAUCAUUAGUAUGAUACCAAUCUUACCAUUCAAUUUAAAGAAGCUUGAUAAAACCACUAGUUAUGGAUUAAUAGGAGUUUCAUUAUUUUUCAUUUCAAUGUUAAUCACCACUCUAUUAAUUGUUCAUUUUUCAUUAGCCAUGUCAAUUGGGUUAAUUGCAUUACCAUUGACUUUCAUUCAACCUUUGAUUAAUAAUACUAGUCAAUCAAUCAUGAAGAAUAAAUUGAAAAUCGUGGUUAGUUUGAUUAUUUCCAAUCCAUUAUUCAUUAUCUAUCUCACCGGAUUAUGGUAUAUGGAAGAUGGAAGUGUCAUUGAAUUAAUGAGAGGCUUAUUAACUUCUUGGGAUGAACUUCAAUGUUGGACUUGGUUUGUGAUCAUCUUGGGUUGGUUACCCACCUGGAUUGGGGUGGCAUUCGCUGCUUCUUUUGGUAACUUCGUCCUGGUCCCACAAGAAAAGAAAGAUCAGUAAUGUAUACUUAUAACAUAAAUAUAAUAAUCAGUAAAAUUAAUAUAAUCACAACCAUAUAAUAAUCAGUAUAACCAUAUAAUAAUCAGUAUAACCAUAUAAUAAUC